AUGAUUAGGAGGGGUGUUCGUACACGUGGUCAAACUCAUCAAGGUAGGCCGUCGGCAAAUGUGUCUCCUAUUCGGAACAUAGCUGUGGAUGCAGGACCAUCAAGGAGCCCCCCGGUUCAGGGAGUCAAUCCUGGAGCUACUGCGGCCCCUCCUGGUACAACACCUACAGCUCCCCCAACUACCUUGCCAAAUACACCACCAUUAGCUACUCAAGCAGAUAUCAUUGGAAUCAGUACUGUUGUAGCUAAUCUAAUUCGACAACAGCAAGGACAACAAGAUGUCACUACCCAGUCUUCAUAUUUCGAAAGUUUGAAGACAAUCAAAGAAAAUGAGUUUCUGGACUUAAAGCAAGGAAGUAUGACUGUGUUGGAGUAUGCGCACAAGUUUCAUGAGUUGGGCCAAUUCUGCUUGAGAUAUAUGAUUGACGAGAGAGACAAAGCUAGAAAGUUUGAGCGGGGACUAAGACCUGAUAUUCGAGAUAAGUUAUGUGGGACCAUCUUCACCACCUACUUGGCUGUGUAUAUGAGCGCUCUUAAAGCUGAAGCUGAAGCCGAAGUGAAUAAGCAAGCUGAAUACUGGGCACGGAAGAAAAGAGCAGGGCCCAAGAUAUCUAAAGAAGCUAGUGGUUCUAACAAUAAGAAAAGAGAUGUUGGAUUUCAGAAAAAGGAAAAUACAUGUGGAUAUUGUCAUCGAUCUCAUACCGGUCCAUGCCACCGUAAGACUGGAGCUUGCUUUGGAUGUGGACAACAAGGCCAUUUGAUCAAGAAUUGUCCCUCCAUGAAGAAGAACGAAGCACAGUCGACUCAUCCCAAAAGGGCUAAUGCUCGGGUUUUUGCCAUGACACAGGAAGAUGCAGAUAAGGUGGACAAUGUAGUUGCAGGUAUUAUUCCCCUAAACACUGUGGAUGCUUAUGUGUUGUGUGAUUCUGGUUCUUUGCAUUGUUUUAUUUAUGAGAGGUUUGCAAAGAGCUUAAAUUUGCAAGCUAAGAAGUUGAGUGAACCUUUAUAUGUUAGUACCCCGAUGGGGAAAAUUGUGGUGACAGACACUUGGUUUCAAGAUUGUCACCUACAACUUAAUGGGAGUAAUGUGUCAAUUGACUUAGUUCAACUAGAUAUGCGGGAUUUUGAUGUGAUAUUAGGAAUGGAUUGGCUAUCCAAAAACUAUGCCUUCAUUGAUUGUGCUCGUAGGAAGGUGGUAUUUCAAAUUCCUGGGCAACCUAUUUUUACUUUGGAACACUUUCCUAGGAGUGGGGUGUUGGUUUCGAGGGUGCCAUUAAAAGUAAUUUCAGCAUUGAAGGCUAAGAAGGAAUUGAAAAAAGGGUAUAGAGGUUUCUUGGCUUAUGUAAUGGAUACCCACCGUAAAGAAGUUAAGUUAGAUGAUAUCCCCGUUGUUAAAGAAUUUCCGGAUGUGUUCCCAGAGCAAUUACCUGGAUUACCUCCAGAUAGAGAAAUUGAGUUUGAAAUAGAGGUUGUUCCCGGAACCACUCCAAUCUCAAAGGCCCCUUACCGCAUGGCACAUCUGAGCUACGUGAGUUAA